AAAGGCAGAGGUUGAGUGUUGGCUCUGUUGGUCCUGCAGAGUUUCAAUGAGGUGUGAUCUGGGUUUUUACUGGCAUAGAUUACAUACAAACAUACAAGCUAUUAAGUGCUCAAACCCCCACACACACCAGCAGUAUCUGCCCUCUUGGGCGCCUUUUGUGUUUUAUGUGAUCAAAUACACGUGUGCUCUAACCCACUGAGUAAUUACUGCAGCCACAGGUAACUGAACCAACACCAAAUAAAUCAACAAAAUUCACUGCCCUGCAUGUCAAAGUGAACCUGAUUCUCCACCUGCUCUGGUGCCUGCCAGUCAAAGGUCGACAGUAAAGGUCAGCAGGUCACACAGAGAAAAAGACCAUUUAGGCUACUUGUGAGGAAUGUUUUCCACACACCCCAGCUGCUAUCUGCCACAUUUAAUUAGAGCAGUACUGGUGAAUUGUGAUGUCUGCACUGGUAAUUGAUAUUCUACCACACGUUUCCAGCUUUAUCAUAUCACAACCUGCACUACCUCUAUAUAGAGUGAGAUAUCAUUUUACGUGUAGGUGGAUUACAACCAUCCCUUGCUGACUCUUUAAUCUCUGAGCCUCUGUUUGACUCCGAUUAAGCUGACUGCUCAGUGCUUUAUCAGCUGUGUGUAGGCAGUAAAAGAUGAGGUUUUCUGGGACGGGCAGUAAUAGAGCUGAGAGGUAUACGUUUCUGCUACUGAUAUCAUACAUAAGGUCUGAAAUGGUGUAUUUUCCUGAUCUUAAAUGCUGCAAAGUGUGAGCUAAAACUGGUCUGUGAUAACAGGAUUAAUUACAAAUGUGUGUGGUAAUAUGCAUCUAACAGACAAAUUGAACUCAAUUGGUAAGGGCCUUAAGGUGGCUCCUGCAUUUUUAUCUUGCACAGGGGCCCUGUGUCAAUAAACUGUAAUUAUACCUUGAAUAUUUGAGUUAAUAUUAUGCUUCCAUGGCGCAUAUACCUAAAUACAUGUGCAUGUAAUCAAAUUAUCACAAAGUAACUUGGGGGUGAGGGGUGUGGGGAGCUGAAAAGGGGCCCAAUGGUGGGUUAAUCUGGCCCUGCCCCAAACUCUAGUUUAGAAAGCAAGUGUACAAUAGAUAAAUAUAUAUAAAUAAUCCAGAAAUAAGAUAUUUUUGCACUCAGUUUUAUUAGCGGUGUUUGAAGCUAUUCAUUAUAUUUACAAAUUAAACUGUAAAACACAGGAAGAGUGACUUUUAGAAAUACCAACAUGCCAUCCUGUCAGCCCAAAAUCGGCCUGAAGGCAGAAACAAGAGGUUGAAAAAAGUAAUUUUACGAUGUCUGACUCCUCGUAUACACUGUUAAAAACCAUGUGUUGGAAACCACAUCAGCCGACAAAUGUAAACAUUUUUUCAAGUGCGCACUUCGGUCUAAUCACGAUUAAUUAUAUAUUUAACCCGCACAACUUCAGUUUCCUCGUUUUUAUGUUUCUUCCAGAGCUGGAUGAAUAUCAAAAGACGUGACGGAACAACACAAAACCAUAGUUGCUUUCUUUCACCAACCAGGACUGCUCUCUCCGACACCGAGUGAAAGUUGUUUGUGUUGAAAACGAAGUGGGCGCGGUAUUCAGAUCGGGUUUCCAAUUUGCUCGAUGUGCCCAACCCUCCAUAUCUUACCCCAAACCCACCAAAACAUUACUACAGUUAAAAAUGCAACAACUAUCUCUGCAACCACAACAAAUCGCCGUACAUUGCUGAAUAAAACAACACCAGAAAGUUCACGUAUAGGCUUUGUAAAAUGACUGAAGUGUGGAGUAAAACUUCGUGACGCAGUCAGAUUCAGUGCGGAUGUGGGUCAAUGAGAUGCGACACACAAACACCCCGCAUCUUCUCAAGUCGGUGGCGAGCUGUUGUUUGUUGUCCAGCCAGCUGUAUGGGUCAGUAGUAGCCAUCAGUGACUGAUCUCCUCUCCAUGGCCUGCCGUCCCUCCGGCUCUGGCUCCUACACCGUGGUUAUCAUCCCCCUCAGGACCAGCCUCUACAGCCUGGACGCAUUGCGCUUCUACCUAUGGUUUUCAGCACAACAUGGCUGUAGUACACUGUAUAGGCCUGUUGUCAUGCGUCUGAAGGAUCUAGAGAAGGAGAAGGACGCUCUGUGCUCUGGUCUGGAGAUCCUGGAGAAGACUCGUCUCUGGUACCUCCAGCGGCUGGAGGAAAACAGAGCCAGGCACAAAAGUGGGGUCAGCUCCUGCCAGGAAGGUGCAGCAGAGGCUCAGUGUUGCCUCCUCAGGUCUCGUAUCCAGCGGGUGAAUGGCUCUCUGGGCUCUGUGAUGAGUGAGCCCAAUGCCACCAGCAGCAGCAACCCUGCGCUUCUGGACGCAGUGGCAGACAGCGACCUCCGGUGGCACAACACAGUACUGACUCAGGAGGUGAGUGACAAGAAUCGUCAGAUCUCCAUAUUAUUGCUGGAAAAAGACGCUCUCCUCGAACAGCUUGAUGAACUGCAGGCCCAUUGAUUGCAUUAAUACGCAUGUGCAUAUACACACACAUACAGGCAGACACAUGAGCUGUACUGAAAACUUAGAUUUCACUUAAUGCCACACAGUUGCUAAGCUUUUAACCACAUGUAAAUAUGUAUUUAAAUUAAUAAAUGACAGUUAAACGAUG